AUGCCUUCCGUGACUGGAGGUGCUGUUCCUGUUCGCAUCAACACAAUGAAAAGAAAGGAUAAACUGGAAACCGAAGUGUCGGACUUAGCCCGCGUCCCUCGAGUGUCACAGAUACCCCAGAAAGAGAAGUCCCACCAUCCAUCUCAGGAAAUGGAGGGUUGUGUUCACAGCUCUACUGCACAUGGUCCACGCACCAAGGGAGUUUCCCGCCACCAUAUAGCUGGCUCUCCCGCGCAGAAGGACGGAGAGAUAACCCUUGCAGACCGCCGCUUCCGUGCCGAGGACGAGUAUCCUGCCCACUUCACCUUGCCGGAAAUGGAAAUCGACAUCGGCUCGUGGAUGUGUCUUGCAUGUCCCACUUCGACCAGCAAAUGCCGAGACUGCAAGCAAUACGAAGGCCAUGAAGACUCCCUGAUCAUCGCUAUUCAUGGAGAAUGCCUCACCGGAAAGUUUGGAAAGCGUUCGGCAAUCGGAGUGUUCUAUGGGCGUGGCAACGCCUGCAAUAUCUCCUCGCCCAUUCCAGGCAAGGGUGACCACUUUCACACGACCCAAAUCGCCGAGUUAACCGCCUGCCUGCGGGCAUUGCGCAAUGCAACCAACAUCAUCGAGAAACGCCGCAACAUAACGCGCAAGGGCAAUGUCCUCAUGCCACUAAAUACCUUCGUGAUCAAGACAGACUCCGAGUACCUCGUCCGCAGCUUGACGGAGUGGUUGACCAAGUGGAAGAACAACGGAUGGAAGACUUGCAAGGGCGUUCCGGUUGCUAAUGCGGAAAUGUUCAAGCUGGCAGAAGCUGGUAUUACAAUGGUUGAGAUGGUCGUCCAGGUUAAGUUCUGGCUCGUGCCCAAGGAGAACAACCUGGAGGCUACUUGCCUGGCAAAUAUGGCGUUCAUCGAGGGAUAA